AUGGAUCAUUUCUGUAUAGCCCCAAGGUGUAGCCUUUGCCGAUUUGACUUCGCGAAGAAUGAAGAAAUUAUUAUACUGAGGCCUGAUGGUUGUUCUGUUACCAUCCCAUUUAACACGUUCGAAGACGAUACCUACACUUACGAGCCAUGCUAUCCUGGAUGUCAACAUUGGGACGAAAGGCUUACCGGCUAUCAUGCUGACUGUAUCUGGCAUGAAGACUGUCAAUCGGUCCCCAAUCUGUUCGAUGCUACCUCUUAUUCCUACGAUCCCUGGCCCGGUGAAAACGUGAGACGCCUUCGCUGGAUGCGCUCUCACUUAGCCCAUAUGAUUUACCCUUCGCUCGCUUUCCGACUACCCUAUGAAGUUUGCAAUAUCGUUGCACAAUAUUGCGUCCGCGAAUAUGCAUUACAAAUAAGCACAAAGUUUUGUCAAGAUAAUUUAGCGGCUAAUUUCCGCAUUAAGUUGUCGAAACUGGUAUGGGCUCGCUAUGCUUCUCUCGAUGGCGUCCCAUACAUCGUAUCCCUAGCGAACGAGCCGUCUUUGGGCGACGUCGUACUCCCAUCGCAGUUGGACGCCCCUAUACAGACGGUUCAUGUGGCCGAGGAUCAUUUAGGUGUCAGAGAGGUGCAUAUUGCUGGUCCGUCAGAUAAGAUACGGGAUCGCUCGCAGCCAGGCUUGUGGUGGAGAACGGUUCAGGUACAAGGGCCUGAGCUUGAAGGUCGGACUGAUGGUUCCAAAUUGCGCCGCUUGAUUUGCCCAGCUAUAGGCUAUACGCCCGACGCGAGCGUGCUUUGGGACACGCCUCAACCCCAUCCGGAACGACUUCGAUUUACAAUAUUGAUGAAACCAUCUGAUCCGCUUAGAAUGACCGCCCUUAGGCUUGACGAAAAGGCACAUUUUCCCGGGGAAGAUCUUUCAUAUUAUAAGUAUGUCACGUCGAACUACCCGUAUGCCCUUUGGCUUUACAUUCCGUUUUAUCCUGGUGAAAGGAUCACGGAAAUAUGGCAACGCCGUCGCAAACACGGCAGGGAAGUUGCUUUUAUUGCCAUUACAAAUAUAGAUCGCAUCCAUUUGAUGGGAGCAUACCCAAAAUCUUGCUGGCAUCCGUGCAGCUACGAGCUUCUACACAAAGCCGACCUUAAUGAUAGCCCCUUUUUCGUCGAUGAAUCUCCCGCAGGGAUUCAUGCUGUUGCGUCUAGACCUAUAGUCGGAAACAUAGCAAAACGCUAUUUCCCAAUAGUGUCAACCCCAUAUCCUAAGUCUAUGUCCUACGAAGAUUAUCUCUAUACUACGGCCCGCGUUGAUAAUGUUGCUCGCGUUAGACUGUGCCGGACUGAGUGUAGUUCGAUUAUUACCGGAUUGGUCUUCGACUACACCGAUGGCCACCAGGAGAGUGUUGGGCAAACUCGCCUUGAUUGUCUUGAAGAUCCUAUUGCAGUAGACGUCUCUCAGAAGAUGUGGUUAAGGAUGUCUAGGUCCGCUUGGGGUUUUCCUCAAGUUGUUGACGCAGGUUUUCUACCUAUUUCAAAGUCCCAGGGGGAGAGUGAGGGUGAGUAUCUCUAUAUAAUGUGGCAUGGGGUUCUGGAAUGGUGGUUCUCCAUGAACCAAUGCCAGCUAUUUCAUAACGGCCAAGCAAGUUUUACCACAAGGCGGUAG